AUGGGGCCAGGCUUAUACCAUCCUGCAGAUGCAGAUGCGGAAGACGAGACAGAUUCAAAGGAUCAGUCACCCAUUAAAUCCUCGAAAGCAUCUGACAUCCCUCAAAAGCGUGACUCUGCAGAAGCUCAUCAACAGGAAGUAGACUCGCGAUCAGUCUUUGUCGGUAAAAUCCCUUGUAGAACUACGCCAGAAAUGCUGGCUUAUUAUUUUUCAGCGGUGGGGACUGUAAACCGAGUUACAAUUUUAGUACGGAAAAGAGGAGUUGACAGAGCCUACGCGUAUGUAGAAUUUGAAGAAAAAUGCUCGGUUCCAUCAGCGCUACGUUUGCAUGAUUCGAUCUUCGCUGGGGAAACCAUUGUCGUUUUCAAGAAGAGGACGAACAAACCUAAUCCACGAUCGGCGCAAGCUAUUAACUUCACGGAUUGA